AUGGAAAGGCUGCAGGAGAAGCAAUCUUUGAAGGCAGAUAUGCUAAACAAGUAUGGCACUGAUUUAACAAAAAUGGCACAAGAGGACAAGUUGGACCAAGUCGUAGGAAGGGAAAAACAGAUUGAGCGUGUCACGCAAACACUUUGCAAAAGAAGAAAGAAUAAGCCAUGUCUUAUAGGUAAUCCUGGAGUCGGGAAAACUGUCAUUGUUGAGGGCCUGGCAGCAAACAUCGUUAAUGGCACUAUUCCUUUAAAACUUGAGGGAAAGAAGGUAUUUGCUUUGGAUAUGGCGCGUCUAACUGCUGCUGCCAGAUUUGUUGGAGAUUUUGAAGAGAGGUUGACAGGGAUUGUUGAUGAAGUUAAACUAAGUGAUGGAGCUAUAAUUCUUUUCAUUGAUGAAGUGCAUACCUUUGUUGGAUCUGGAGCAGGCAAGGACCAGACACUAGAUGCUGCUAGCAUACUAAAGCCAGCUCUUGCUAGAGGCGAUCUAAAUUGUAUCGGUGCCACUACAAUUGAUGAGUACCGAAAGUACAUUGAAAAAGAUAGAGCACUUAAAAGGCGUUUUCAGCCUGUGGAUGUGCCUGAGCCAUCUAUUGAUGAGGCGAUAGAGACACUAGAAGGAGUGCGUGGAAAAUACGAAGCUCAUCAUGAUGUUAAAUACACAGAUGCGGCUUUAGUAGCAGCAGUUCAUUUAUCAAAUCAAUACAUAAGCGAUCUCUUUCUUCCGGAUAAGGCCAUUAACUUGAUUGAUGAAGCUGGUGCCAGAGUCCAGCUGCAUCGAGUGCAAUCGACUUCAAAGAAACAGGUCGUGACUGAAGAGGACAUACGAGUUGUGAUUUCCACGAUGACAGGAAUUCCUCUUGAUAAAGUCGCUGAUAAAGAAUCUCAUCGACUCUUGAACAUGGAGGCAGAGCUGCUCCAGUACAUUGUAGGACAGGAAGAAGCUCUAGAGGCAGUUAGUCGUGCUACUCGUCGAGCACGAGUUGGCAUAAGAGACCCCAACAAGCCAAUUGCUAGCUUUUUAUUCACUGGUCCUACUGGCGUAGGCAAAACAGAACUGGCCAAGGCAUUGGCUGCUGUAUAUUUUGGCUCCAAAGAAGCCAUUGUCAGAAUUGAUAUGUCUGAAUACAUGGAAAAACAUUCUGUAUCAAAGCUUUUUGGAUCACCUCCUGACUAUAUAGGUUAUGAUGAUGGUGGCCAGUUGACUGAAGCUGGUCGCCGCAGAACUCAUACUGUGGUUCUCUUUGAUGAGAUCGAGAAGGCUUACCAAGAUGUUUCUAAUCGUGUUUCUUCAGAUUUUAGAUUAUGUAGUUUGAUUGUCCAGGAAGAUGAGAUAAGUUUCAACGAUGUCAAGCUCAAAGUAGCUGAUGAACCGAAGAAAAAUUUCACGCCAGAACGGCUAAAGGCAAAAAAUAUCAACAUAGAAAUGACAGAUAGAUUCAAAAAGAAGUUAAUUGAAGAAGGGAACAACGCUAGCUUUAGAGCUAGGCCAUUGAAGAGGACCAUUGUAAGGCUUUUGGAGGACAACAUUUCUGAAGGGAUUUUGAAUGGAGCUGUAAAAGAGGGACGUUCUGUCACUUUAGACGUAGAUCCAAAAGGAAAUGUGAUGGUUGCUGUAAAGAAUUUUUGGGUUUUUGCAAUUUGGGUUUCACAUGGAGAUUUGCGGUCUGGGAUCCAUGGUGGAAGUUGCCACAGGGGUUUCCAAUCUGCAGUAGGGAUUGCGUAUAUAUGGUUGCAACGGUUGAACUUGGACGGUGGUGCAAGCCCAAGCCAGGACCUCACUACCAGUAGGCUUCCAUCAGAUCCUCCUCAGGUCCAGAGAAAAAGCCACCGUAUGCCUAAGAAACCACACAAGUUGGAUGAUUACAUAUAG